AUGGAACGUAUUCGUAUCGAUUUAUCAUUAUUACUAAAUGAAUAUCCACCUUCAUUUAUAUCCAAACAUUUUCAUCGAUUCUUCGAAAUCAAUCAGACUAUGGCAGUAUUUGAAAGACUCGACUCGCAAAUAGUUGAAUAUCAAUCGAAAGUAUUCUUUAAUGCAAAAUUAAUGACUGAUCCAGAUCGAAAUAUUGAAAGAGAUAUCAAUCGAUUUGAUGAUGAUAUUGAUGAGGAAGAAGAUACAAACAUUGAUUUUGAUAAUCUUUAUAUGAAUAUUGGCAAAGAUAAUAAUAAUGAUGUAAUUGAAAUUGAGCAAUUAUAUGAUGAUAAGAAUAAUUUAAUUGAUUCCGUGCUCAAAGAAGAAAAUUUAUCUCAAAAAUUAAAUCAAUUAUCAGCUACUGAUAAAGAGCAAGAGGAUAGCGAUAAAUCUAAACCAUCAACUGUCAAGAAACGACCAACUUUAACACCAAGUACAACAACAGAUAACAUAUCGGAAAAAAUGAAACCCGAUAAAGAAGAAUCAACUAGAAAUCAAAUACCAAGAUAUUUAUCAAGUCAUAAUAAAGCUUUUGAACAAAUGAUCAAUCCUAUCCUUGAAAAAACGACAACAACUUCUAUCAAUAUUGAAUAUUUACGAGAGAUUGCUAUUCUUAUUCAUCAACUUGAAUGCAUUGAUCUUGAUAUAUUACUAUGGACUACAUAUUUACGGUCUGGGACAAGUACAUUAAAGCCACAAGCAACAACAUCGACACUCUUAUUAUGGCCUUUAGAAGUUAAACAGAGAAUGAUUGAUCGUGGUCAAACAACUGCAUCUGAUCCAAAUGAAAUAGAUCAUGCUUCUUGUUUGAAUUAUGUUCAGAGAGUACUACAAAAAUUUCGAAACCAAACUGAACAUUAUCAAGCUCAAUUGAAAGAAAGAAAAAAACGUUUAAACAAUUGUUGGACAUGUGAAAUCGGAGAAGCUACUACUAAAUUUGUUCAACAACAUGUCACACCUAUAUAUAAAGUACCUACAGAAGAACAAAUUGCUAUCGUUCAAUAUGAUUAUAAUGAUCGAUUGAUUCAAUUAGAAUAUUAUCAACAAAAUCCAAAUGAAUAUCAAAAACAAAUAUUUGAAAAUCUUACUCAAGCCAAAUAUGAAAAAGAAACAUCUAAAUUUGAUGUAGCAAUAUUAAAACAACGUAUUGUUUAUAAUCAUUUACCACAAUCAUUUGAAUCACUUAAAAUACCUCCACCCAUAUCAUUCGAUACAAUUACUGAUACGAUGACUCGUCAACGUUUAAAGGAUCGAUGUGAGAAAAUUUUACAACGAACGAAAUUCGAAAUGAUGAUGAUUUAUAUUACAACAGCCGAAGCAAAAAUGAAUGAAUAUGAAAAGAAAUUCGAUACAGACUUGGCUAAAAUGAAAGAAAAUCAAUGUUCUGGUCCAUCACAUAAAAAAUUAACUCAAACAAUGUUGAAUAUUAUGGAACGACGUUUUCAGAAUAUAAAUGAACGUCUUACAUGUCUUUACAAAUUAAAACUACGUUUUUUCGUCAAAGCUCCGACGGUCAAGAAUUAG